AUGACGGUGGAGGAAGCAUUUGGUCGGGUUUUUAACUCGCUGGAGCCGCCAGGUCGGGGCGCGCAGGACGCAUCCUCUCAGGAGCCAGCUGUUUGCUGUUUGCAGCCGGCGCGCUCUGUUGCCUCCGCCCCACUUGAGCUCUCCCCGCCUCCCCGGGAGCUGGGCGCAAGCCCUGCAGGAGCAGCCACGCGCCUGCGGCAGAUUGACAGGGCGCCGAGGGCCAAGGGGCAGCCGGCCACUGGGACCGCUUCUUCCAAGAAAGGUUGUGGGAGGCCGGUCUUCUCCCCAGCUCAAGGUCCUUCCUGGUCUCCUCUGCUUCUGCGCAGGAGGCCCUCCCCAGAGCCUCCAUCCCACCACAGGCGCUUGGCUCUUUCACAUCCUGGCUCCAGCCUCCACUCUGCCCCAGGCACAGUGCCCCUGAUGCAGCCUCCCGAUGGGAGAGGCCUGGAGCAAGGCAGUGUCCGAUACUUGGUGCAGCCCAGGGCUUCAAGGAAUGGACCAGGGCCCUGGCAGGGAGGCCGAAGGAAGUUCCGCCGCCAGCGGCCCCGCCUCUCCCAUAAGGGUCCCAUGCCUUUCUGAAGCAGGACUGAAGCACGCUGCCCCACCCCCAGGUGCCAGCGCACUGUGCUUCUCUCUACUCCACACAUCCAUCGACUUCUCUGGAGCCCUCACAUCCAGUCAGCUCUUGUCUCGCACCUGUUCUAGCUGCUGAUGGUCCUGGCUCUUCUCACCCACCAGCUUCAUCUAACAGCGUGGUCCCGCCCUACAUUUGGACGAUUCUAUUUCUCUCAUGAGGAUCCAUGAAGCCCAUCUUCCUGGCCUCUCCCUGGACUGACUUCAGAUACCCAGCCUCUCCUGGCCUGCCAUACUCCCUGCCCCACCUACCCCAGCUGAUGACUCCACCCUCCACUCAACCUCUCUCCUGUAUCUGCCCUGGGAUCCGGGUGGAAAGCACUUCAUUCCACAGUCCUGCAGAUCCUUGAUUUCUUGUCAGUGAAUCCCUCACUUGGCCUCCAGAGAGGAAUCCUGAGAUGCACAAGGAGAGAUUCUAACUAGAAGGGUGGGUGUUGCGAUCCAAAGAGGGUGCAUGGGGGUGCACAGGAAUAGGGUACAUGGUACCCUGGUGAAGGGGGUUGAAGCACUGGAGAAGAGGAAGAAUAGCACUGUGGCCUCCUCUUCAUCCCCAUGUCUGGUCCAGUGAAGGAAGAGGUGAGUGAGAGGAGCUCAGGAAGUACCGUGUCACACUAAGUCUCCUGACUCAGCUGACUCCCCACCUCAGCUUCUAUGGCAGUUCAAACUCUGAGUCAAGACAGAAGGGUGCUGGGCCUGGCAUGGCUCUGUAACCUCCCAGGAGUAAAAGCUGGGCAGGAGGGUUGUUUUUGUCAAGAAUCAUAGAAUAUCAAGCUGAAAGGGCCCUUGGAGAUCACUUAACUCAGCCUCCUUAUGAAAAAGUCUUUGUCAGCAGAGGCCUGGAGAGAGGAGUGAUUUGCUCAGGGUCUCUGCAGAGCCAGAAUGGGGACCAGGUCUCCCAAGUACCACUUUAUGAUACCCUCGUCCCUCUUGACGAUAUCUUCUCAAAACACAUGAAGUGCCUUUUUCUGGGGUUAUGGUGGUGUGACUGGGAGGGCAGGGAGAAACAAGCUGGCUGUGAACUUCCCCGUUGUUGGGAGACAGAGCUGCUCCCACCUCCCUGCUAUCCAUAGGAUGAGGGUACCAUAAGUGGCCAGCAGUAGUCCUGGCCCUGGGGUACCUUAACAGGGCAGCUCAGGCCCUGAGACUACCAUUCAGACCCCCACACUACUUGUCCGGAGUCAGAGGUGGCCUUAAAUAAUUGACUCAAUCGCCUCUGCUUUGUGCGGACUGAACCCUCUUUCCUAGUGGCCUUUCCUGGGGGAUCAGAGGGAAGAGGGUGAAGGAGAAGGGGGAGGAAAAGAAGGGAAGAAGGAAGUAAGGAGAGAGAGACAGGAGUAUGUACAGGUGGUGUAGCACCCCUGGCCAGGAAGUCCUGGCUUUCACGAGGAGCCUUGCACAGCCUCCUCUGAAGGUGGACCCUCUUGACUUUUACCUGAGCAGCCUGCCUUCUCACUGGUCUCCCAGGAGAGAAAAAAGGAAAACAGAAGCCUGAUGCCCACCUAUGUAUGCAUGAGGGCAGGGGGAGUCAGGCUCCCCCAAGUCCCACAAUAACCCCAAAGUUUGCCCGCGCCUCCCAGCCAGUCUUUUCCUUCCCCUCUGCUGCUGCUACUGCUGCUGCUAUUGCUGCUACUGCUGCCACUACUGCCACCUCAAGGCCCACCCUGGGAAGCUGCGUUGGGCAUAGCCUCCAACCUAUUUGGGCAUGGAGUGGGGCUGGCCAGUGUCCACAAAGUCUUCUCUGCCACUGGUAGCCCCACCGGGGACCUGAGCACCUUCCUUCUCCUCCUCCUUUCUUUGUCCCUCAGCAGCCUGCCAUGACCUGUAGCCACACCCAGCCCCACGGGGAAGAGGACAGAAGAGGGAGGAUGACUGGGAAAGAUGGGAACAUGGGCAGAGGAGGGUAGUGGGUGGGGUAAGGGUGUUGUCUUAUUUAAAGUGGUUGUGUAUGAUUCUUUUACUAAUUUAUACGAAGAUAUGAAGGCCCCUUUCAUUAAGAAAUUGUCCCUUCCCCAUAAUUGUGCUCAUUGUGUUUGUAAAGGUUAUGUGUAAAUAUGUCUUUGUAAUAAAGAGUUAAAAGCUGACAGUUUGCCCUUACUCUUGGAGGUCACGUUCGGGAGGGGAAUUCCUUUCCCCUGAGAGCCACGGUUGUCUCUGUGCCCACAGAUUGCACGUGCAGGGAGGUCAGUGCCUGCAUCUCAAAUCGGUUCUAGGUCAACUGGCCUUAAACUGAUUUACCACAAGCUUACAAAUGGAACCUUUAAGCUUAGUGAGCUGUGCAAAUAAAAUUUAGCCCACUUUUAAGUCCU